AUGGAAACAGAAUCUUUCAAACUCGAUGUUCAUGUACAAGCUUUGUCUCAAGAUCAGUCGUUAGGGUUCGUAAGUACGGUACUAAUCAGUCAAUACAGAGAAGUAGAGGAAUUUCUCAUCAACGAGAAGGAUGAUACUGUCACAAGUCUCGGAUCUUACCCGGAGGAUUCUUCUACUAGUCACGACCCACUAAUCUCUCUGAAACUCCCAAGUUUCAAACCAAACGACGUCUAUCAACGUCUCCAGACCCAUCUCCACGAUCAUGACUUGUCCGAACAAUUAUCUUACAAGAUUGUCCAAGCCCAACAACGGCAAAAAAGACAAAGUUUUUACUUGCCACAACAACGACCUUUAUUCAUGAUCGUCUCUGUCAAAUUGACACACAAGGUUUACAACGUUGUGUCUUGUGAUUCUGCUCCGUUGGCAACAGAUUUCGACCAAGAGAGCCAACAAGAAGAAGAAGAGGAAUCGAAGACUUGUGCCAUCUGUUUGGAGAAUUUGUUGAGAUCGGAGGAUUACUGCGAGAUGCCUACUUGUUCCCAUUAUUUUCAUGAACCAUGUCUCACUGAGUGGUUGACUCGAGAUAAUAACUCAUGCCCUCUCUGUCGCAAACCUGUUGACAAACUACACAGUUGACUACAUGUUUACUAAAUUAGGGUUUUCACUUUUAUGUUUUACUUGUUAACUUGUUUCACGUUUAUGUUUUGUCGAAGAUGCAGAUUAGGGUUUUUCAUAGUUUAUGUAUCUGUUUUUGUUGGCAACUAUGUAAUACAGUAAUGAUUUUAUCAAUUUCAUUUACAAGUUUGAUACUAGUAUGCGACACAUAUCUCUUGCAACACAAAUCACUGACUUAAACCAAAUAUAGUUUCAGGAGUAAACUAGAUCUGAUUC